GAGAUAUGGGUAGGCGUGAAGGAUCUUGAUGAUCAGAGAAAGUGGUUGGAAGUUGAAGAAGUUGGAGUUGUUGCGAGAUGGAGGAAGAGGAACGGAAGAGUGGAGGUGUCUGCCUUUAUGUAGGCUGGGAAGGCACGCUAAGCGAGUUUUUAGCGCUCUUUCUGGCUUUCGAUAUGGAACUGGCUGGAAGAGGAAGCGGCAGCCUUAUUCACCCAGCAGCUGAGCCACGGUGAAUGACUGCGCAGGAAAUUUCGAGAGGCUUCCUCUACGCCCGUACGAUUUCGAUUUUGAUUCACAUAUUAUGGCAUCAUUCACACAAAUUUUGAGGUUAUCAAAUUUUUUCUUACAGCAUGCGCCGAAAUCCUCUCUUCUUUGUCAUCUCACGUCCUGCUUUCAGUUCAUGUCAGAAUCAUGCCACCUUCACCUUCCAUGCGAGAUAAGAGUCCAAGCAAGGCUCUCAAAGGCCACCAUCCCCAAAUCGCCUAGCGUGAAUAUUAAGUCUCGACCCCGCCUCCAUCAUCAGCGAUGGCUGGCCUCUGGAAUGCUCACCAACCUCUCCGUGUCUCGGAAGCCUGCUGUCACGAGCCAUGCCUCCCCUCAACAGAUCCGAUUCACGAUGCUCAUCAGGUCGUGGGAAUAUUCGCAAAGGUUGAGUGAAGCUGGCCUGGGAAUCGUGUCUCUUCUUCCUCUGCGCGGUGAAAGCGCGGAGAAGCGGGCUGACCGAGCAGGAUUCGUGCGUCAUCGGUUUCAAAGAUUGCGACGCAUCCCCGACGACGGAUUGCAAGUUGAUGGGAGUAUUGGAUAGGAAUGUUGCGAAAAGAUCUUGGUACAUUUCGAACUUCUCAGCUACAUUCUAAGAAGUUUGCCU